CUCCCACCUGCGCCGCCGCCGCCGCCCGCCCCUUUCCCGUUGCCCACGGGCGAUCCGCCGGGCGCGCCUCGUCACCGGGCUGUGGACCCCCGGCCCCCGCCGCCGCCCGCGGGCUCUCCCCCCCUUUUCCUCCUCCUCUCCCCUUCCCUUCUCCCUCCCCCUUCUCAGCCAGGCUGCGCCCCCCUGGCCGGCCCCGGCAUGAGCAUCUCCAUCCCGGCGGGGCUGACGGAGCUGCUGCAGGGCUUCACUGUGGAGGUGCUGCGGAGCCAGCCCGGGGACCUGCUGGAGUUCGCCCUCCAGUACUUCGGGCGCCUCAAAGAAGAGGCGGCGGCGGCCAAGGCGGCGGCAGCAGCGGAGAAGGAGGUGAGCGGCCGCAAGGCGGGCACCCCCGCGUCCGGCCAUGACAGGAGCAGCCAGCCGCGCCGGGCCCCCCUCGACGCCCGCGGGGUCAACUUCGUCGACGAGCCCAUGCAGACCGACUCCGAGAGCGGCGAGGAGGAGGAACGGCCACCGCCGCCUCCGCCGCCACAGCAGUUCCCGGCUCCAGCGGUAAACCGGUUCACCAGGCGGGCAUCAGUGUGUGCGGAAGCUUACAAUCCUGAUGAGGAAGAUGAUGAUGCAGAAUCAAGGAUUAUUCACCCUAAAACAGAUGAUCAACGAAACAGACUGCAGGAGGCAUGCAAGGACAUUCUUCUUUUCAAGAACCUAGAUCCGGAACAGAUGUCUCAAGUGUUAGAUGCGAUGUUUGAAAAGCUGGUUGAAGGAGGGGAACAUGUCAUUGAUCAAGGGGAUGAUGGUGACAACUUCUACGUCAUCGAUAGAGGUACAUAUGAUAUUUAUGUAAAAUGCGAUGGUGUUGGGAGAUGCAUUGGAACCUAUGAUAACCGAGGAAGUUUUGGUGAGUUGGCCUUAAUGUACAAUACACCCAGAGCAGCUACAAUUAUAGCUACCUCUCCUGGUGCCAUCUGGGGCUUGGACAGGGUAACGUUCCGAAGAAUCAUUGUAAAAAAUAAUGCCAAAAAGAGAAGAAUGUAUGAAAAUUUUAUUCAGUCGUUGCCAUUUCUUAAAUCGUUAGAAGUAUCUGAGCGUUUAAAAGUGGUUGAUGUGAUUGGUACCAAAGUGUACAAAGAUGGAGAACAAAUCAUUGCUCAGGGUGACUUGGCUGAUUCCUUCUUCAUUGUGGAAUCUGGAGAAGUAAGGAUUAUAAUGUCAAGGAAGGAUAAACAAGAUGUAGAAGAGAAUGGAGCAGUUGAAAUAGCUCGAUGCUCAAGAGGACAGUAUUUUGGAGAACUUGCGCUUGUAACUAACAAACCACGAGCCGCUUCUGCAUUUGCUCUUGGCACUGUCAAAUGUUUAGUUAUGGAUGUGCAGGCAUUUGAAAGGCUUUUGGGACCUUGUAUGGAAAUUCUGAAAAGAAACAUUGCAAACUAUGAAGAGCAGCUAGUUGCUCUGUUUGGAACAAACAUGGACAUUGCCGAUACCAGUGCAUGAACUAAACAUUGGAGCAACAAGAUCUGUUAUGAGAAUAUAGCACAGUAGUGGUUAGUCCACUGAGAAAUUGUCUUUCUUCCUAUAGAUGCCAAGCAUUUUCUCUGAUUUUAAGAAUGGGUUUGGGGGUAUUUUUUUGACUUCUUACAGUGGAAAUACUAGUAAACAAAACAGGAAUUUAAUAAAUAAUGGACUUGAUUUUUAAAAGUGCUGAGUAUUGAUAGUUUCAUCUGCUAUCAAGAGGACCUGUAGUAAUACGGCACCUUUGAAAAUCAAGUCCUUUCACACAGCAUUUCCUUAGAGUAGAUUUCAAAAAAAAACCCCACAUGCCAUGAACUUGUUAAACCAUCUUCUGUUCUUCAAAAAGGUUACAACUUUUCUGGAAAGACUGUUAGUUUGAAUGUGAUAUGUUGAAAGUAUUAGUGCACACAAAGUGUUUAUAUGUAUUAAUACAGAAGAUAUACAGUAGAUAUUACUUUCUGACUAUUACAGUUGUCAUGAUUUUAUGUUGCAUUUAUCACAGAUGUAGUGAAUCACAAGACUAAUCGUAAGAUAAAGCAUGACAAUGCAUUUUGUGUAAUGCUCAUGACCCAAAUCUGAUUUUUAACAUUUUGUAAUUUGUUUUAAAGUCCUCUUUGUUUAAUAUGUCAUGUUUCAGCACGACAUUGUAAUAUCUUAUGCAAUUUAGAGGACUUGUAUAUUUUUGCAAUAAACUGCAUUUUUUUAUUAGUUACAUGUAUUCUGUACAUGAGUGAGGACAGCUGACAAAUUAACCUUCAUGCUCUAAAGGCAUAGGUCGUCGUCAUGUUCUA